AUGCCAUCUCGUGUUAUAAGAGGUUAGAUUGAUUUCAUUUUUAAUUGUCGUUACACAAUAAGAUUCAUCGAUUUUAAGUGCGACUGUAGACACUGAGGAUGCUAUUAUGUCAUUGGUUACAGCGACGAGAGUCGUACGACACCGACUAAUGUAGCAAAGAUGAUUUUUUUUAUUUUUGUAAGAUGUUUAUCCGUAACAAAGAUUUAUUACGUUUAUAAAUACAUAUUUUUAUACGUCUGUAUGACUCGAAUUGACCUGUUAUUUUAUCAAUAUUUUUAGAAACCUGCAGAGACGUGCCACUAGAAUGUUUAUAUAUAUUUGAUCUAGUAGAUCUCGUAUGCGAAUGCGUAGGUAUUGAUGGUAGAUACUUUAAGAGGUUGACUUUGAUUAUUAAGCUAAAAAAGCCUUUGCAGAGUGACUUUAAAUACAUCUGUUCGUUGUGGAUAUUUUCAAAUGAAAUUGGGCCAUAUAUUUCUGAAAUUGAAAAAGCUCGUGCAGAUUUUAUGAAACAUCAGUUAAAUGAAGAGAAUCUAAGAGAACAAAAAUGUUAAGCUUCCAAGGCAAUUGAACUAGGUAUGACACUCGAAUUUACUAAAAAAGAAUCUAAAGCUCGAAAAUGCAGAAAAUUAACAGUGAAGAAAUAUCAAAUUCAAUAAAAAUAUCAGGCUUCUGACAGAAUUGCAUUAGGUAACCUAUUAUAUGAUAUGUACAAUGACAAUCAAUUUUUCUAAUGGCAAAAUAAAUUUGACACUCAAAUUUACUAAAAAUGUAUCUAAAACUCGAAAAUGCAGGAAAUUAUGUACAACAGUAAGAAAUGUUAAGUACAAUAAAAAUAUCAAGCUUCUGACAGAAUUGUACUGGUUAACCUAUUAUAUGAUAUAUACAAUAAAAAUAUCAAGUUUCU